AUGUUUAGGCUUGCGGCUGCGUUGCUCGCAAAGAGGAAGCCGCUGAAGCCACCGCCAAGGCGUGGGCGGGCGGCGGCGGCGACAACUGCAGCGCGGCGUAGAACAAAGUCACCCGCAAAACAGCGUUCGCCGUCGCGGACGCGAAAGCCUGCAACACGUACAAGGAGGGGGGCGACGACGACGACGACAGCGGCAGCGACGGCGACAGCAGCAGCGACGACGGCAGUGGCCGCCGCUGCCCUCAGCACCAGCGUCAGCAAUCACCAACACCACGAUAACCGAGGCAGCAGCAGCAAUGCUGGCGGCAGUGGCAGUAGUAGCACAGGGACUGAUAGCAAUGCGGUGGUUCCGGCCACAAAGGAGGGGCAGGUAGAGGUGAGUGAGAGGAAGUCGCCCUAUUGCCUCGCGACUGCGGUCUCCACGCUUGUUGUUCCUCCCGCUGCCAACUUUCUGCUUGAGGGCAUGAAGCAGACGCUGUCCCCGCCGCUGCAGCGGCCCAACGAUGGCGGCGCAGGCAACAGCCCCUCGGAGGAAAGCCGCUCCCCCGUAUCGCAGAUGGAGGAGUUUUACACCUCCAAGAAGGGUCCCCUCUUUGCCACCGCCGUGAUUGCUGGGACGAAUGCGGUGAAGCAGGCAAGUCAGCUGAUCCCGUUCUGCCACCCUGUGCGGAUUCAGAAGUGCUCCUUCACCUUUAGGCGACGCGUCGUUGCGGGCCUCAGUCGCACCUCCGCACUCCCGCAUCGGGUGGUGCUGCGAAAGCGCGUCAGCCCCCCGCCGCCGCCCAGCCGUGCCCGCGGGGAGUGCAGCGUGCUGUACUGCUUCUGCACCGUCGCGAGCGACGACUCCAAGGCGGGGGUGGAGAUGGAGGCGCUCACAGGCGCCAGCGUCGCCGGUCUGACGUUGUACGACAUGCUGAGAGGCCUGUCGGGGUCGCAGGAGGAUGGACUGAGCAUCGGAGAGUCCUUCGUGCUCGCGAAGCGCGGCGGAAAGAGCGACUUCACGAAGCUGCUCAUGUCGGAGCCGGAGGCCGCGCCGCAGCCACCGCCGUCGCCCGCAUUGGCGCCCCCGCCCAGUGCGGCCACUGGGCAGGAGGCGGCGGGGAUGGCCAGCGAGGGGGACGCGGCACCGCCGUCGUCUUCGCCGGCCUCACAGACGGCGGCGCAGCGCGAGAGCGAGGAGGGCGGCGAAGCAGACGGCAAUAACGACAGCGAUAGCGGCGACAAAAGCGAGCUUCGCCCACCCGGGAGCAGCGAUGAUGCCGCCGCCCACACGGAGCCACACCCGCAGACGGCGCGAAGCGGCACGCUGGGGGACGCUGUCACGCAGGAGGUGACGGCAGACGCCGUGGGGGAGCAAGGCGCCUGGUGGAAGUCCACGGCGCGCGAGAAGAAGCUCCAGCAGCUUAACCCCCGCAGAAGGUACGAGGCGGAACAGAACACGCCACCAACAAGGAGAGCAAAGACUGCGACGACACCAGCAAAGGCAGCGACGGCUACCACUACGCCACGAAGGGUGCAGCAGACAAAAACGCAUCCAACAAAGAUGAGCAAACUCAACUUGCAGGCGCGGCUCCAGCCGAGCGCGAAGGCGGCAAACAUUCGUCCGAAGCGCUCGGCCGCCCUGGCGGUGCGGCGCCGCGUGGAAAGCAGCGCGUACGACGACGGCGACGACGAUUCAGGUCUUGGCGAAGAAGAGUAUGACGAGGACGCGGAUGAGGUGGCGGCGGCGAAGGUGAAGGCGAGGAAGGGGAAACGUGAAGCCGCCGCUGCCGCCGCCAGCAACAAACAUGCCUCGCUGAGGAGGACUUCCGCCCACGCCGCCGCCGAUGUCGACGGCCACGCUGCCGACGCGGAUGGGGGUGACGACGAAUAUGAGGAGGCGGAGGCGGAGGAGGGCGCAGUGGACGCCUUUGCGGGGGCGGCGAGGAGGGCGUCUGCGGCACGGCACGAGAAGCGGCAGCCGCGGCGCAGUGCCCGGGAGGCCGCCCAGCCGCAUGACGCUGACGCCGAGGACGACAUCGAUGAAGGCGAUGAACGGCGCCGCCUCGAAGACGAAGCCGCGGAUGCGGCGCAGGGCGACGAGGAUGAGGAAGAGGAGGAUCGGCUCCCCGUCCGCCGGCAGCGGGUAGUGAAGAAGAACGGCAAGGCGCCGCCGCCGCCUCCGCCUCCCGCGCGCCGGAAGAGGGGCGACGCGGUGGCCCGGCCGGUGAAGCACGACAGCUGGGACAACGAGACGGAGGUGGAGAGCGACUUCGACCAGGACGACGAGGCGACGCGGGACUUUUUUGAGGAGGAGGAAGAGGUGGACGCUCCGCCGCCGCAUAGAAGAAAAAAAGCCGGCAAACCCGCCCGGGCGCAGCGGCAAAAGGCGCGACGAUGA